UAACGUGCAGUAUUUACUAUGUUGUACACCACGAUUUUUUUUUUAUUUUGAUGAACAAAAUUAAACCGAUUUAAUGGCAGAAACAAAAAUAUGUCGCUUGUGUAUUUCAUCAUCAACUCAAUUGUUGGACAUUUUCGAUGAUUCCGAUACGAGCUUAAUCGAAAUUCUAAAUGAACACAUUGGCGAGGUAUGCAAAACAGAUGCAUUACCAAAAUGGAUUUGUUGCAAUUGUUGGGAUAAAAUCGAAGAGUUUCAUCGAUUUCACCGGUUUGUACGUAAUGCACAGGAAGAUUAUUUGAAGCAAAUCGUUAAAUACGAGGAAGAGAAUGACAUCGAAAGUAAUUGCCGUGACAUUUCUGAGCAAACGAAUUUCGUUGAGGUUAUUUCGAAUUACGAUGAACUAAAUGAAUUUGUCGAUGAACUUUCAACAAAAUCCGAUGCGCUCGAUGACACCGAUGAAAAACCAACCAAAUCCGAAACUACGGAAUCGGAAUUUCCGGAUGUUCUUUUUAAUGCUGGCGCAACAACGGCCGAAGAAACUGCUCUUCGACAAUUAACGGAAUUAGAAUGUGAUUCCAUCAGUUCUACAUCAUAUGACAUUGAUUCGAUGAGAAGUAAGGAAAUUUUCGAUGAAAACUUUGACACGACAUGUGACAUCUGUUCCAUCGAACUGAAAUCGCUGAGGCGUGCAAUCACACAUUAUAAAAAUGAACACCAAAUUGAUGACGGUUACAUAAAAUGUUGCGGACUCAAGUUGAAACGUGAUAAAUUGGUCGCCGACCAUAUUAAAUGGCACGAAUAUCCCGAAAUGUUCAAGUGUAAAUAUUGUGAUCGAAUAAUGAAAACAAAGUUGUCAUUGUCGACGCACAUAGCCAAACAUAGACAUGCAAAAAGUUAUACGUGUGACAUAUGCGACAAAAUAUUUCCAGAAAUCAAUAAAAUUCGUGAGCACAUGAUGCGCCAUUCAAACAACUUGACGUGUCACAUAUGCUCGAAAUUAUGUACGUCCAAGGAAAAGCUCGAAUCACAUUUGAAGUUUUAUCAUAAGCACGACGAGGUGCGUCGCCAAUGGAAUACAAUGCUUGAGGCCAAAAAGAUGACACUAGACGCAGCUGAAAUCGAUAGAGUGAUUGCGAACCAGUUCGAUAUGAAAUGUGAUUAUUGUGAUGUAAUAUUUAAAUCACUGCAAGAAGCACAAUACCAUUAUAUGGAGGAGCAUCACAUCGCCGAGGGAUACAUUCAAUGUUGUGGACUAAAGUUCAAGAGAGCCAUGAACAUCCAGGGUCAUGUGUUGUGGCAUUUAAGACCGGACCUCUUCAAAUGUUGUAUUUGUAAGAAGGAUAGCACAACGAUAAUUGCAUUGCGAGCACAUUUACGUGUGCACGAGGCACGAUCAACACCUCAACAAAAUGUUUGCAAAGAAUGUAAUAAAACAUUUUUCAGCAAACAUCAUUUGACUAGACACAUGAAAUUGUCACAUGGCAUCGAAAAAAAGAAACUAUCGACAAAUACCGUUAAUCCAGAUUCAAAUAGCAUAAAAUUGUACUUCGAUAUGAAAUGUGAAUUAUGUAAAAUUGAAGUGUCCUCAUUGCAACAUGCCAAACUCCAUUAUUUAGAAGAGCAUGACAUUCCCGAUGGCUACAUAAAAUGCUGUGACAUGAAAUUCAGAGAACUUAAAAAUAUUAACGAUCAUUUACAAUACCAUAUGAAUCCAAGCAUUUUCAAAUGCGAAAUUUGUAUGAAGGUGUUUCCACGAAAGGCCGAUUUAAGUGCGCAUCUAUCGCAACAUAAAGCGUUCGAUACAAAACGUUUUACAUGCAACGAAUGUGGCAAAGCAUGGAAAUCAAAAUACCGAUUAGAUGUUCAUAAGAGAUCUCACGAAGAAAAAACUGCACGAAAUUUCCCAUGUGAUUAUUGCAAUAGAAAAUUCUCGACUGAAACGCUAAAAAAAUCUCACGUGUUUCGCAUUCAUGAGUCAAACAAAGAAGCGAAAACGGAGAUUUGCGAAUACUGUGCGAAGACAUUCACGACACGCAAGGAAGUUUUGUCUCACAUACGAAGUAUGCAUAUGGAAAAUUCAAUACGACGCGAACGUGCACAAUGCCAGAUUUGUAGCGCAUGGCUCAGCAAUCGAUACACACUCAAAGAUCACAUGAUGCGGCACAAUUCUGAACCACAGAAAUGCUCACAAUGUGAUAAAAUUUCACCCAACCAACAUGCAUUACUAUGCCACGUGAGAGAAGUCCACUGUGAAAGAAUAUACCGAUGCCAUUUGUGCGAGAAAACAUUUAAAGCAGCUGUUGCUCUGAAGGAUCACAUUUCAACGCAUACCGGUGAAAAGACGUAUAAAUGUUCAUUUUGUCCCGAGGCUUUCAUAUGGCGGCCAAAUAUGUAUAGUCAUCAGAAAAAGGCACAUCCAGAAGAAUGGAAAAAGACCAAGAGUGAAGUACGAAGACGAAUCAACAGAAAUUGAUAAUCCAAAAUAUGUCAAUUUUUCGAUAUAUUCUCCAUACAAGCAUUGUGAAUCAGAAAAUAUCGACCGUAUUAUUACUUUUUUUUAUUUUCUUUUAUUUUAAAUGAAGACAAAAUUAUCACAAGCGCGACAUGUGGUUUAUAAUUUUGAUUUUGCCGCUUUAAUGCAUGUUCCAUUGGUAAGUCGAAGAAUUUCUCUUGAAAACUGGGAUUUUACGGAAUAUCUUAUAAAUUUCAAAGAUUCAAUUGAAUAAAGAAAAAAUGAUCCUAA